CUAAUCCAUGAAACUAUCAUUUCCAAGGAAGCAUAAAGGAGGAGAUGGAAGUCCUCUACCGACCCAUGCGUUCUCCCGUGAGACCAGAUCUGAAGACGAGCUCCGACGAGAAGAGCAGGAGAUGGAAGUGAUGGGCACGUGAGGUGUAGUACGCUCUAAACCCAUGCCCACAUGCGUUGUUCCCAUCCAUUCACGCCUCCAAUCAAACACUUGUCCCUCCUCGGUUCUUGGCUUGACUACAUCGUUGGCAUGAAUUAAGAUGUUGUAGUCGCUUGAUCGAACAUCAUUUCCUUUGUGAUUGAUUUGAUGAUGGAAAAUAAAGCACCAGAGACGGCUUUUGAUCUCUUCUUUCUAUAGGUUUCAGGCUUGCUCGGGGCUCUCUUUCUUCCCCUUCUCUCUCCUUAGCAUUGAGUUCAUCUUCUGCCAUCCACCUAUUAUAUUUUUGCCAGCUUUCCUCUCUGCUCCUUUCCUUUCUCUCUUUUUGUUGUUAUUAUACUUUCUAUAGGUCGACAAGUGAGGGAUGGAGGAAUUCUACCACCUAGGUGAUAGUGGUAGUGGUGGAGCCUUCACUACAUCACCUACUCCACCGCAGAGAGCGGCCGUCUGCAGGCAGAGCUUCCGAACGCCACCACUUAAAACCGAAGCUGGACCAUCUCAGUCCCAAAAGAGAACGAUAGCGACGCAAGAACAGGGGGAGAACUCACCAAGUGAUGUAGAAGAAGACAUCAAGGCAAAGAUCAUGUCGCACCCGCACUAUUCUACUCUUGUCGCAGCCUUUACGGACUGCCAAAAGGUGGGAGCGCCACCGGAGGUGGUGGCGAGGCUCUCGACCAUCGCCCGCGAGCUCGCGUCGGGCCCGAGUUGCCAUAACGGCACUUCUGAUCCUGACCCUGAGCUCGACCAGUUCAUGGUACUACUAACUAUCCCUCUCUCUCUCUCUCUCACUGAUGAAAACUGUGAAGGUUUUGGUUCCUCUGAAGAGGACCAGAAUGCCACUGGGGAUUAUCAGGUGGAUCCUCAGGAUAUCGACCCCCAUGCCGACAAAGAACUGAAGCACCAUCUCUUGAAGAAGUAUGGUGGCUACUUGAGCAGACUCCGGCAAGAGCUGACCAAGAAGAAGAAGAAAGGAAAGCUGCCCAAGGAAGCUCGGCAGAAGCUGCUCAACUGGUGGCAGCUCCACUACAAAUGGCCGUAUCCAUCUGAAACCGAGAAGGUGGAAUUGGCUGAGUCGACAGGUCUUGAUCAGAAGCAAAUCAACAACUGGUUCAUCAACCAAAGAAAGAGGCACUGGAAGCCAUCAGAGGACAUGCAGUUCGUGGUGAUGGAUGGUUUCUAUCCACAGAAUGCUUCUGCUCUCUACAUGGAAGGGCAGUUCAUGGGUGACGGCAUCUACCGCCUUGGUCCGUGAUGCCUUGUGAUCUAAACCAAGUUUCCAGAUAUUAAGAAGAGGAAAAGGAGAAAGCAGAGGGAGGAGGAUGAAGCCCUAAAUAUCUUUUUCUUUCCCCCAUUUUAAUGGGGAUGAGAACAGUAAGAUGACAUGCAUUCGAUGCAACACCGAUGCAAGAAGAGAAUGUUGUAGUAUAUUUCAUAUUUCAAACAUGCAAAACAUAAUAUAAAUACGUAAUGCAUUAAUGUUGUUCAUGGUUUAACUGGAACAGAAAUAAAAAGUUGGAGGCUUGCAAAUUCU